CUCCUCCCCGAGCGGCCCCAUCCGGGAGGCCCAGCUGCUGGCCGCGGAGGCCUUCGGAGCCGACCAGACCUGGUUCCUGGUGAACGGCUGCUCAGUGGGGAUACAUGCGGCAGUCAUGGCUGUGACGACGGCGGCGGCGGCAGCGAUGACGUCAUCAUCUAGUGGCAGCGGAGGCGGCAGCGGUGGUGAUGGCGGUGUUGGCAGAGGCGGUGCAGGCGGAGGUACCGGAACUCUGUUAGUGGCUCGUAACUGCCAUCUGUCGGCCUUCUCGGCAAUGGUUUUGUCGGGUUGCGAGCCCUACUGGCUGCUGCCGGAGGUCGACCCACGGGUCGGUGUUGCGCAUUGUGUGACCCCUGGGUCGGUCCAGGCGGCGCUGGAGGACGCUGCGGCGCAGGGUCGCAGGGUUGUGGGGGUGCUGGUGGUUUCGCCCACGUACUACGGAGCCGUGGCAGAUGUGGAAGGUAUCUCCCGCGUCUGCCACUUCUACGAUGUACCCCUGCUAGUGGACGAGGCGCAUGGCGGGCACUUCGCCUUCCUGCGUGACCCUCCAACUCCUGCUCCUGCUGCUGGCUCCCUGUCAGAACAAGAACAACACGUCGAACACCCGACACAAAGUCAACACCUGUCACAGCAGCAGCAGGAAGUGGGGCAACAGCAGCACCAGCCACUUUCCUCCGCCUGCAUCUCCUCCCCCACCACCUCUCUCACCUCCCCCACCACUACCGCCCCCCGACUGUCGCUGCCCCGCUCGGCCCUGGCUUGCGGCGCGGAUGUGGUCAUCCAGUCCACCCAUAAGGUGCUGGGGGCC